GUUUGAUCACCUACGUCCCAUACUGUUGUAUUUUAUAAUAAAAAAAAAUGAAGAUUUGUCGCUUACUCGUACUAACUGUCUUCAUUACGUUAAUAUGUAAUUUAAAGGGUCAAAAGCCGACAAGAAAAAUUCAACCAAAAUUCAAUAGGUUUUUUGGAAAUAUUUCACGUGAGUGUUUGAAAGAACAUCGCGUCACUCCAGAAAGAAUAUUGGGCGUUUAUACUUUAAAUAUUAAUGACCGAGAUGCAAAAUGUUAUGUUGCUUGCAUGUUGUUGCGAUUUAAUGUGACCACUAGAAAUGGAAGUUACAAUGAUAAGGCAUUGGAACAAUUGAUGGCGAGACCAAAUUCUAAUAAUGAAAUUCAAACUAGUAUGAAAGCAGCAAUAGCAAUAUGCGAAAAGCAAGUUGACAGAGAUCCUUGCGAAAAAGCGGUUAAGUUCACAAAAUGUAUUUAUGCACACAAAGAUGAAUUUAUAGUUAAAAAGAAAGAAGACAGCUCUACGCCAACUGCUGAUCGUCGACGGCCCUUUUCUGCUCAGGAAAAACGUCCUGUACGCCGCUCAACCAUAUUAUGAGUCACUAAACAUCACUGUCUUAAAUAUUAUAUUGUUCAUACUGACUAAAUUUUAUCACUUUAUAUUUACCUCGAUUGUACGAUUUAAU